AGCGCGUACAGUCUGGGGCUCCCGAGGCGUCUUCUCGUGCGAUCUGGGGCGCGCAGGGCGGGGAGAGCGGUCCGGGGCCCCUGCUCUCGGCGCCGGAGGUCGAAAGCCAGUGGGUCGCCGCCGCCCGAUAGGAGAGCGCUCUCGAGAGCAGUGGGAGGAAGGAGCGCCCGCUCGCCGCCUCCCCGGCGCUUGCUCUCCCGGCUCAGAGGUUUGCGGGCUGCUCCUCCCACCCGCGCCAGGCUCCUCGCUCGCUGGAGCCGGUUUCCAAGCCCCGCCGUACGCCCAAGCGAGUGCAGGGCGAGGGGCCCCGGGGCCAGCCCGAGCCGGGGUGGGGGUCCGGGCAGCGCACAGCCGGCCGGGGAGGGGCCAUGUCCGGCGCGGGCGCAGCGGGGCCCGUCUGCAGCAAGUGACUGAGCAGCGUGGACGCCGCUGCCCCCCUCCGCCACCUGGGGCGGCGCGGGCCCCGGUGCCCGGAGCCCGGUGCCCGGCCCGCGCGGAGAGCCAGCGCGAUGCACGUGCGCUCGCUGCGCGCCGCGGCGCCCUCCAGCUUCGUGGCGCUCUGGGUGCCUCUGCUCCUGCUGCGCGCCGCCCUGGCCGACUUCAGCCUGGACAACGAGGUGCACUCGAGCUUUAUCCACCGGCGCCUCCGUAGCCAGGAGCGGCGGGAGAUGCAGCGCGAGAUCCUCUCCAUCUUGGGCUUGCCCCACCGCCCGCGCCCACACCUCCAGGGCAAGCACAACUCGGCCCCCAUGUUCAUGUUGGACCUGUACAAUGCCAUGGCGGUGGAGGAGGGCGGCGGGGCCGACGGCCAGGGCUUCUCCUACCCCUACAAGGCGGUCUUCAGCACCCAGGGCCCCCCUCUGGCCAGCCUGCAAGAUAGCCACUUCCUCACCGACGCGGACAUGGUCAUGAGCUUCGUCAAUCUCGUGGAACACGACAAGGAGUUCUUCCAGCCACGAUACCACCACCGCGAGUUCCGGUUUGAUCUCUCCAAGAUCCCAGACGGAGAAGCUGUGACCGCGGCUGAAUUCCGAAUCUACAAAGACUAUGUCCGGGAGCGCUUUGAUAACGAGACGUUCCGGAUCAGCGUUUACCAGGUGGUACAGGAGCACUCGGGCAGGGAUUCCAACCUGUUCCUCCUGGACAGCCGUACCCUCUGGGCCACGGAGGAGGGCUGGCUGGUAUUCGACAUCACGGCCACCAGCAACCACUGGGUGGUCAACCCACGGCACAACCUAGGCCUGCAGCUCUCAGUGGAGACUCUGGACGGGCAGAGCAUCAACCCUAAGUUGGCGGGUCUGAUUGGGCGGCACGGGCCCCAGAACAAACAGCCCUUCAUGGUGGCCUUCUUCAAGGCCACGGAGGUCCACCUUCGCAGCGUCCGCUCUGCUGGAGGCAAGCAACGCAGCCAGAAUCGCUCCAAGACGCCCAAGAACCAGGAGGCCCUGAGGAUGGUCAACGUGGCAGAAAACAGCAGCAGUGACCAGAGGCAGGCCUGUAAGAAGCACGAGCUGUACGUCAGUUUCCGUGACCUGGGCUGGCAGGACUGGAUCAUCGCUCCCGAAGGCUAUGCCGCCUACUACUGCGAGGGGGAGUGCGCCUUUCCUCUGAACUCCUACAUGAAUGCCACCAACCACGCCAUUGUGCAGACGCUGGUCCACUUCAUCAACCCCGAAACGGUGCCCAAGCCCUGCUGCGCCCCCACCCAGCUCAACGCCAUCUCGGUCCUUUACUUUGACGACAGCUCCAACGUCAUCCUGAAGAAGUACAGAAAUAUGGUGGUCCGGGCCUGCGGCUGCCACUAGGCUCUCCCAGGAGCUGGACGCUCUGGGGUCAUGUUCUUCCAGAUGGAUCCUC